AUGCUCGACGCAUUCAAGAUAAAGCCAUUCGAUUUGACGCCCAUCUUCGCAGAGUGGACGAACGGCCCAAUAUUCAGCGGAAACCCAAAGAAAGACCUGCCCGUCGACGAGUGGCUGGACCAAAUAAAGGCGGGGUGCAUCGAGCGAGGGGUGCCGGAGGAAUACUGGUACAAAGUCGCGCAGCAUUUCAUGGGACCAAAAGCGAAAGCCAGGCUCCAUGAGCUGAAACAGAUUAUCGUUAAAGUGCAUGGGGGGAAAUAUCGCUGGACAUGGAAGAAGUUCAAGGUUGCAAUGCAGAAUAUGGGUUGGGGAAUUGACAAGGACGCAACGGAGACCAUAAAAGUCCAGGGCAAGUCCUCUGGACUUUGGUUCAUGAGGAAGAAGGACAAGGAAGAUGACAAGACCACUCCUGCCACCACUGAUGAGUCUCCGGAACGAACACCGCCCACACGAUCCAACUCCAUGUUUUUCUUCAACAAGAAGCCGGUCGAAGAACCGUGUGGGAGCGAGCAAUUCGAGGUGGUUUCCCGCCCUUCAAUGCGUGACAGAGCCGCAACAGUAGACGCGUCAUCGUCGACAUCCUUCUGGCCCGCUCGCCGCCCAUCAGUUUCCGGAUCAAAGGAUGAAACGCCUGAAAGACCUGGACACCAGAAGUCCAAAUCCACAUCCGCGGUUGUGACAACCACCUCUCAUAGUAACAUCUCAAGGCCAACCACGCCUCAAAGGUCACAGACAACAGACGAAGUCGCCGUCACAACAAUCGCCAACGCGCCAGUGUGGCUGUUGAACGCCUGCACGGCGCUGGACUACAUCACCAGCGAACAUCCCAAAGCAAUGAGCGUCUUGAGCGCUAUCCUUAUCACUGCUGGAUCUCUCCCCGCCAUUCCCGCCAUCAGUGCUGGCGCAGGUGGUGCGGUGUUGGCGUCGGGAGCGGCUCACGCCAUUGGUGCCAUCGCAGUUGGCCUUGGCCAAGUCCUAGGCGCGUCCAUCAAGAAUUCACAAGCACAGACGCAGACCCCAGCAGGUCAUUGA